GCAUUGUGGAAAACAGUCGACAGGUGGAAGCCGAUGAGCAAAAGAUUGUAGAAAUUUGAGGAACAUUCUAAACCGGCCUCACGUUAUUUUUUUGAAGGACAGUGAGAGCAGCACCCUCUGCUCUGUAAAUAGUGCAAUUUUAGCUAUGUAUUGAAUCUCAUCUUAACUGUUUGAUAUUGAUAGAGAAGAAGAAACAGAAACCAGUUUUGUUACAGCAUGGACGAAGACUACGGAGGGCGCAAGGGCAAAGCCAAAGCACCCGAAGAUACUCUUCUCUACUCCAUUUUCCCAGAUUUUGCUCUAACAGAAUCCACUUCUCCAGAACAAGUCGAAUCAAAACUAAAAGAGCUCCAGGCUGAAAUACGGCGACAAUGUGGAUGAUGAGUGGUUCGUAGUAUUUCUAUUAUACGAAAUCACGCGCAAAAUGCCAUAUGUGUCCGCGAGGGCAUGGGAUACGGACGGAGAAUUUUUACUGAUAGAAGCAGCUUAUGCAUUACCCAGGUGGCUUAAGCCGGAAAACAGCUCCAACCGUGUUUUUAUCCGUCACGGAGAGCUCCACAUAUUGCCCUUGCCCGCUUCCCCCGCUGAGAUUUAUCGCUUUCCGGUGAAACCGUCGGUGGCAGAUUCCCUCCGCGUCCUUUCCGGCGGUUUUUUGGAAACGAGAGCCAGGGACGCUGUUCAGGACAUUUUGAAUGCGCGGGUUGGGGGCUUUCCGGCAAGAGCCGUGGAGAAUAUGCACAGCGUUAGGGUUCGAGUCCCUGUGAGGGUUGCUCAGGUUUUGAAGCAUGAGCCACAGUUGAUUUCAAAGGCGGUCGAGGGUUUUUAUGACAGGGAUGUGGAUUCCAUGAAAGCUGCAGCUAAAAUGGAGAAGUUUUUGGGCGAGAAGGAGAUGGUGGAUGUGUGUGUUACGAUGUCCAGAGCGAUGUAUGCACAGCUUGUGCAGCAGGUUUUCCAGGCCCCUCGUUGCUAUCCGAUGCCGCCUCUGUCGUCACCUAUUUACAGGGAAGCAGGAUUAGGCAUGAAAAUAAGCUGUGGAUUUGAGAUGAUAUAUUAUGAGCGGUCACAAUAUCAGCCCCAUUUUGAGGAUGUCGAACCUGGUCUUGUUGGUUUCAGUGAUGCUGCAGCCAAAAGCUCCAAUCUCAAAGCAGCUCAGAAUAAAGAUAUUGGGUGGGAGGCAUUUAGAAAAAGUCUAGGGAACAAGGGCUAUUUCAAGUGUCUUCUUGAAGGUUCCAAUGAAUAUCGAAGACUAAUGAAUGAUGCAUUGGACUAUUACAGGAGCACAACUCUUUUUUCCAGAACAAGCAUGGUUAUGCAUGCACCUGUUAGGUGCAUUAACGAAAUUUUGGCAUUACCUCAUUCAUCUGCGGAUUUUAUUGGUUUGGAACUUCCACCAAGUGAUGAUGACUCGUGGCUCUAUAAUGGAGAAGAAGACUUGAAUGCAGCCCUCUUAGAGAGACAAAAGGAAAUGGACUUGUAUGAAGAACAUCAUAGGAACAAACAAUCAAAAAAGCCUAAAGAGGAUUCCACCUCGAGGAAGACUAUGGAUGAUUUUAACUUGGAAGAUAUAGCAAAGAAUAUGCAUGCUUUUGUGGAAAAUAUGUCAAGCUAUGAAGGAGCAGAACUUCCAAGAAAUGAAAAUUCUGAAACAGUAUCUUUGGAUAUGAGACAGUUUCUCAAAGAGUUAAAGUCAGCAGUGGGAGCCAAUACAAAAUGUGUUUCUACUCAGGAAAAUUAUCUAGAUGAUAGUGGCUGUUCAUCUUCAGAUAUGGAUUUUGAUGAGAAUGAAAGUGAUACCUGUGAAUCUAUUGGUUUAGAAGAAACAGAUGAGCAAGUUAGCAUGACAAAAGAUAAUGAUGGGCCUAGUGACACUUUUAUGAAUGAAUACUCAGAUAUGUUGAAGGAGCAGCUAAACGAUACUACAUUAGCCAAAAGCUUUGUUCGCCCAGAAGAUUUGGCCAAACUUGGAGAUAAAAAUAAGUCGACUGUGGAUGAUGAGUUGAUGCCAGUCGAUGUUGAUUUUAACCUUGUCCAAAGUCUCCUCAACUCAUUCUCCUCACAAGAAGGCAUGCCAGGGCCUGCUUCAAAUUUACUUGGAUUAAUGGGUUUGGAAUUGCCCGAUGAUUCAAAGACCGGGUAAUGCAAUUUCUUGUAUGCAUAUUAUCCCUGGGGGAUUUUGGUAGUUUGAGCUUGCUGUAGAAUGUGCUACAAGCUCUGUAAUAUCUAUAAUCAAUGGGAGGUAAAAGUAACGAGUUACCUGGAUAUGAUACAGCAUAUCAUCAUAAUUAUUAUAUUAUAUAGUCCAAUUUGGGUGCUGAAAUGUAAUAUGUGAAGGUGGCAUCUGUGAAAUUUAUUUUUGUUUAAGAGGAAUGGGUGCCAUCUUUUUGUUCAUAAUAAUUUGACCAUUUGUUAAAAUAUCAGCAGGUAAAUAUGUUGAUACAAGAUCCUUGUCAGUGGGAGAAAAGCUGUGUAUGGCAAACAGGUUAGAUCUAUAUGUGAAAGGAAGAAGAUGUACACAUACUGUAAUAUAGAUAUUUCCAGAUAUGAGCAAACUUCAUUUAUGUACAAUGGAUGUACUGAUUUGCAGUUAAAUUUUUUAUUUUAAUUCAGUUACUGGGUGGAAACUCAUGCUUAUCUGCUCCUGGUCUUUUUAGAACUUGUGCGACAUACGUUAUGAUAAGUGAAUAGCUAUAGACAACAAAGCAUGUUAAAGAUUAUUAGUUGCAAGUGACUAAACCUUGACGUAUAUAAUGUUGUGUCAGGUCGUAAACUGUGCUUUUAAUUCACAUCUAAUGCUAUUUGGACUUUUUAAAUUA